AACCAUCGCAAUGCUCUCCUCCCUCAGAGCCACCGCUUCCCGCUCCCUCACUCGCAGCCUUGCUUCCCAGCAGCAGCGAGGAUUCAAGUGCAGCGUCCUCGGAGCUGCCGGUGGCAUUGGACAGCCCCUCUCCCUCCUCCUCAAGCUCAACCCCCGCGUUACCGAGCUCACCUGCUACGAUGUUGCUCCUGUCACUCCUGGUGUUGCGGCCGAUCUUUCCCACUGCUCCUCCAACUCCAAGUGCACUGGAUACUCCGGAGAGGACCUCAAGAAGGCCCUCGAUGGCUGCCAGGUUGUUGUCAUCCCUGCCGGUGUUCCCCGCAAGCCCGGCAUGACUCGUGAUGAUCUCUUCAACACCAACGCAAGCAUCGUCAAGAACUUGGUUGCUGCUUGCGCCGAGGCCUGCCCCAAGGCCUGCCUCUUGAUCAUCUCCAACCCUGUCAACUCCACUGUUCCCAUCGCUUCCGAGGUGUUGAAGAGCAAGGGCGUCUACGAUCCCAAGAAGCUCUUUGGUGUCACCACCCUUGACGUUGUCCGUGCUCGCACCUUCAUCGCUCAGGCCAAGGGCCUCGACGUCAACAAGGUCACCAUCCCGGUCAUUGGAGGACACGCUGGUACCACCAUCGUUCCCCUCAUCUCGCGUGCCGAGCCCAAGGUUUCCUUCCCCGACGCUGAGCGUGAUGCUUUGACCAACCGCAUCAUGUUCGGAGGAGACGAAGUUCUCAAGGCCAAGGCUGGAGGAGGAUCCGCCACCCUCUCCAUGGCCUUCGCUGGAGCUGAGUUCGCCGACAAGGUCAUGGCUGCCCUCGAUGGCAAGACCGGCAUCACUGAGUGCACCUUCGUCGAGUCCACCGUUACCUCUAGCAAGUUCUUCUCCUCCCCUGUCACCCUCGGCAAGAACGGAGUUGAGCAGAUCCACGGAUACGGAGAGGUCAACGCCUACGAGCAGAAGCUCAUCAACGACAUGUUGCCCGACCUCACCGCUCAGGUCGAGAAGGGCAUCAAGUGGGCGCAGGAGAACAAGUAAAUUCAAGCCUGAACAUCACGAGGGGAGAGCAGAGCUUCGAGUUUCUCGUUGGUUUCAUUAAAAUCUCGAGUUUUU